GUGGACUUCCUGCGUGCCUUUUAUCACCGUUGUCACAUUUUGUAGCGUUUUCUCGUUGUUGCUGUUUAGCAUUUAACCCCCCCUAAUUUUCAAGUGCACAUGAGGCUCGUUUAAACGCAAAGUCAGUCCCACCUUCCACAGCCCCUUCUCCUUUGCGAGCACUUUCACCCAGUAACUCGAGAUGAGAUGCUCAAAUUAUAGACCUCGAGCUCCCUGCAAGAGUUGGGGGAGGCGGAGUUAAGACCGGACAGCGGCACCGAGGAGCUACUUCGACGUGAUUCCUCUUGGAAAAGGAGGCAGAGCGGGGUUAUAGGAGGAGGAUCUGACCGACGUCGGAUUAUCAGAGAUUAGCAGACUGGCAGUGCCGCAGCAGUGCCCGGAGGACAGUCUGGAGUCAUAUAAACAAAGAAAACCCUGGAGGUCUAGCAGAGAGGAGGAAAGUGAGUGAAGGAUGAUAGACUUGGGAGCGACACUUUAUUUUCUUCACUAUGGCUGAGACUAAGGGGAAAUUUGACUUUGCCAUCGACCGGGGUGGCACCUUCACCGAUGUGUUUGCCCGGCUGCCCGAUGGUCGUGAGAGAGUCCUGAAGCUGCUGUCCCGGGACCCCCAGAACUACAAAGAUGCUCCCACUGAGGGGAUCCGCAGAGUCUUAGAGGAGGAAACAGGGAAGGCGUAUCCCCGCGAUCAGCCUGUAGACACUUCUCUGAUUGGCUGGAUCAGAAUGGGAACUACAGUAGCAACCAACGCGCUGCUGGAGAGGGAGGGAGAAAGGACGGCGCUCCUGGUCACAAAGGGAUUCAAGGACUUGCUGCACAUUGGCACUCAGGCCAGGCCAAAGCUGUUUGACUUGGAGGUCGCGAUGCCUGACGUCCUGUACGAGGAGGUGAUCGAGGUGGACGAGCGAGUCGUCCUCAGGCAAGAUGGUUGUCAGCUGCCCAGAAAAGAUCCCGAACGGAUUGUCACAGGCAGUACUGGGGAUUCUCUUGAGCUGUGGAAGGAGUUAGACCUGGAGCAAGUAGAAAAGGACCUGAGAGGAGUUUUGUCCCGUGGUAUCACCAGUCUGGCUGUCCUUCUUCUGCACUCAUACACAUGGUCCGAGCAUGAGAAAGCAGUGGGCUCUCUGGCUCGUCGCUUGGGCUUCAGCCAGGUGUCUCUUUCUAGUGAGGUCAUGCCGAUGGUGCGGGCGGUGCCUCGAGGAUAUACAGUCUGCGCCGACGCCUACCUCACACCCAAAAUUCACCAGUAUCUAAAAGGUUUCACCUCGGGCUUCAAAGAUGGCCUGAAGGAUGUAGAUGUCUUGUUCAUGCAGUCAGAUGGAGGCUUGACUCCCAUGGAGCAGUUCUGCGGUUCACGGGCUAUUCUAUCCGGCCCAGCGGGAGGUGUGGUGGGAUACGCCAUCACCUCCUACAGCCAGAUGGAGAAAAAGCCUGUGAUUGGCUUUGACAUGGGCGGAACCUCCACAGAUGUGAGUCGGUAUGCAGGCCAGUAUGAGCAUGUGUUUGAGGCUACCACAGCUGGAGUCACCCUGCAAGCACCUCAGCUGGACAUCAACACCGUGGCUGCAGGCGGAGGAUCGCGACUGUUUUUCAGAUCCGGGAUGUUUGUAGUUGGACCAGAGUCUGCAGGAGCACAUCCAGGACCAGCCUGCUACAGAAAAGGUGGACCUCUGACUGUGACAGAUGCUAACUUAGCCCUGGGUCGUCUCAUCCCUUCCUUCUUCCCAAAGAUCUUUGGGCCCAAAGAGAAUGAGCCUUUGUCCCUGGAAGAGACCACAAAGCAUUUCCACCAACUCACUGAAGAGAUCAAUGUCUUCCUGUCUUCAAACCAAUCACAGGCUGAUGCUAAUGGGGCCAACCACUCACACAGCAGCCAAUCAGAGAUGAGCAUGGAAGAGGUUGCCAUGGGAUUCAUUCGUGUCGCCAAUGAGGCAAUGUGCCGGCCAAUCAGAGCUCUCACACAGGCCAAAGGCCACGAUACAUCUCAGCAUGUGCUGGCGUGUUUCGGGGGGGCAGGCGGUCAACAUGCUUGUGCGAUUGCCCGCUCUCUUGGAAUGAAGACUGUCUUUAUACAUAAGUACAGCGGCGUGCUGUCAGCGUACGGUCUGGCUCUAGCAGAUGUGGUGGAGGAGGUGCAGGAGCCGUGCUCUCUGCAGUACGAGCCGGCGUCCUUCAGUGAGCUCGAUCAAAGGGUGGAGCAGCUGUCCAAACGCUGCCGCGAUACACUCUGUGCGCGAGGCUUCACCAGCGGUCAGAUAACCACCGAGGUUUUCCUCCACAUGCGUUACGAGGGCACGGACUGCGCUCUCAUGGUUACCGCUGCCGGAUACCCCAGCAACGCCCGGUCCUGUAGAGCCGGAGACUUCCGCAGUGCCUUCACCAAACGUUAUCUGAAGGAGUUCGGGUUCACCAUCCCAGACAGACCCAUCGUGGUGGAUGACAUCAGAGUGAGGGGUUGUGGGAAAUCUGGUAUUACAUCAGUUUACAAAGCAGAAAUGGGACACAGACAGGCCAAACCAGCCACGAUAACCAAGUGCUACUUUGAGGGCGGUUACCUCGACACCAGUGUGUAUCUAUGGGAGGAGCUGCCGUGUGGUCACAGCAUCCAGGGACCAGCCAUCAUCAUUGACAAAAACAGCACCAUCCUGGUGGAGCCCUGCUGUGAGGCUCGUCUGACAGAAGGUGGUGACGUUUGCAUGACAGUAGGCUCAGACCCUCACUGUGCCCUCGGCACUGAGCUCAACACAGUGCAGCUCUCCAUCUUUUCCCAUCGCUUCAUGAGCAUCGCGGAGCAGAUGGGCAGAGUUCUGCAAAGAACUUCCAUCUCCACGAACAUCAAGGAGCGACUCGACUUCUCCUGUGCUGUGUUUGGACCGGAUGGAGGUCUGGUGUCCAACGCGCCUCACAUCCCCGUCCACCUGGGAGCCAUGCAAGAGACUGUCCAGUACCAGCUCAGAUCACUUGGGAAUAAGCUCAAAGAAGGGGAUGUGAUUUUGAGUAACCACCCAUGUGCUGGGGGCAGCCAUCUCCCAGACCUCACAGUGAUCACACCGGUGUUUAGAAAAGGAGUGAGCAGCCCUGUGUUCUUUGUGGCCAGCAGGGGGCACCACGCCGACAUCGGUGGCAUCACUCCAGGCUCCAUGCCACCCCAUUCCACUUCCCUUCAGCAGGAGGGUGCUGUCUUCACUUCCUUUAAGCUUGUCACUGGUGGGGUCUUCCAGGAAGAAGCUGUAACUGAAGCUCUGAUGGCUCCAGCCCAAUACCCAGGCUGCUCUGGGACUCGAAAUCUCCAUGACAACCUGUCAGACCUGCGGGCUCAGGUGGCGGCCAAUCAGAGAGGGAGCCAGCUGGUGGGGGAGCUGAUUGACAGUUAUGGACUUGCUGUGGUUCAGGCCUACAUGGGAUACAUCCAGAGCAACGCAGAACUGGCAGUGAGGGACAUGCUGAGAGACUUUGCACGGCGACGGCGGCAGGAGACGGGCUCCUUGGAGGUGGAGUCAGAGGAUUUCAUGGACGACGGAACACCAAUCAGACUGCGGGUUCAGAUUAAUGAAGAAGAGGGCAGUGCGGUGUUUGACUUCACAGGGACAGGAACAGAGGUGUGGGGGAACUGCAACGCUCCACGGGCCAUCACCCUGUCUGCUCUUAUCUACUGCCUGCGCUGCAUGGUUGGACAGGACAUCCCCCUCAAUCAGGGUUGCCUCGCACCCAUCAAUGUCAUCAUCCCUCCUGGGUCCAUCCUCCAGCCUUCCCAGAAUGCAGCUGUGGUUGGAGGAAAUGUGCUCACAUCCCAGAGAGUGGUUGAUGUGAUUUUUAAGGCGUUUGAGGUGUGCGCGGCCUCACAGGGCUGUAUGAACAACAUUUCAUUUGGAAGUGAGAAAAUUGGUUAUUAUGAGACAGUUGCUGGAGGAGCUGGGGCAGGGCCGGGGUGGAACGGGCGGAGUGGAGUCCAUACUCACAUGACAAACACCCGCAUCACUGACCCAGAGAUUCUCGAGAAGAGGUAUCCAGUGGUUUUAGAGCAGUUCUCUCUACGGCCCGGCUCGGGGGGUGCAGGGAAAUACCGCGGUGGAGACGGUGUGAUUCGUAAACUUCUGUUCAGGAACAAGGUUGUUCUGUCAGUACUGACAGAGAGGCGAUCCACUCGCCCCUAUGGCCUCCGGGGGGGAGAUGAUGGUGUAGCAGGGUUGAACCUCCUCCACAGAGCUAAAGGCAGAGUCCUCAACCUGGGAGCCAAAACCAGUGUCAGCCUUGAGCCCGGGGACAUGUUCUGCCUCUACACCCCUGGAGGAGGUGGAUAUGGAAAAGAAGAGGAAGCAAACAAUAGGCCUCAGACCAAGCGAAGGCGCUUGAAUGAGACAUUCCCCGAGAGGGGUAGCAUCUUUGAAUACAGAAUGGCACAAGAGGGAGUGUGAAAAGAAGUGAGAAAAGGAGGAAGAGUUAAGACAGUUUUGUCAUUGUACUGCGAAAAAUAUGCGAGACACAUACUGAGUAAAAAGGAUUUCAAGCCUACAUGCAGGCUGGCAAAAUUUCAGAUUUUUACUUGAACACCAUUAAAAGAUGUUUUUUUUCCCUUUUUUUUUUUGCAGUGUCUGUGUUUAAAAGAUGCAGCACAGAAAAAUGUGGCGUGUUACGCAGACAGAUUGUGCUUACAUUUGCAGGGAAGUUGGCUAAAUACUAAUAACUCAGGCUGGGUCUGUCCUCACCAGACUAAAUAUGGCAUCAAAAGGACCUUUGUAACGGACAUACAGUUGUUAUAUAUCGCAUGUCCAUCGCUCUGUUCUUAUACUGAAUCUGCUCAGUAGUUUUUAUUUUUUAGUUCCAUUUGAUGCUUUUUCAAAAAGCAUUAUUUGAGACCUCAAAGAGUCUGUUUUUGUCUAAUAUCGAUUUCAAGAUGUUUUUCUUGUCCUAACAAAUCAGAUAAAUAAACUCUAUUUCUACUAAAAA